CAAUUUAUUUCGUUCGUUCAAUUGUCUUCCUUCUCUCUCUUUCUCUGUGGUUGUCACGUUUCUGCUCGGAAUUGAGUUUUAGGUGUGCCCAUUCGGGUUUUCUUUGAAGUGAAGUCUCAGAUCUGAUAUGAAUACGUCUGAAAAUCCCUCCUGCUAACUGUGCUUGCAUUUUUCUUGCGGUUUCUGAUUGAUGCAUUGAGAAUUGAGUAGAAAAGGCAGCCUUUUUGUUUGUCUCAAUUGUGUUAUGUAUAUUGAAGUUGUGGAAUUGAAGGAUUAUAGUGGCACUAGGUUUUUCAUUCAAAAGCUGUUCUAGAGAGAAGAAUGGGACUUAGUUGACUUUUAAAGACUUGUAAUUUGAUGUUCCUAUAAUAAGACUUGAAGAUGAUUGGAAGGAAAAACACGGGACGUGCAUCUCCGGUACUUUUGGUGCUUUUGGCGCUUGGAUUUUUCUUUGCAAGCUAUAAUUUUUUGUCUAUCGUAAUACACAACAAAGCUUCCAAUUCGGGGAGUUGGGUGGCAGACAGAUUGGACUGGUUUGAUCCCAUCAUUGGGAUACCUGAGAAGGUGAAGAGAUCAAGGGAUUUUAAUUCAAAGUUUCACGUUGCCCUUACGGCAACGGAUGCUUCUUAUAGCCAAUGGCAGUGUCGGAUUAUGUAUUACUGGUAUAAGAAGGUCAAAGAAAUGCCUGGAUCAGACAUGGGAGAGUUUACCCGAAUUUUGCAUUCUGGAAGUCCAGACAAGUUGAUGGAGGAAAUUCCUACUUUCGUGGUUGAUCCUCUUCCAGAGGGCUUGGAUCGGGGUUAUGUUGUUCUAAAUAGACCAUGGGCUUUUGUGCAAUGGCUGGAAAAAGCAAAAAUUGAAGAAGAAUACAUUCUAAUGGCAGAGCCUGAUCAUAUAUUUGUAAACCCUCUACCUAACUUGGCAGAUGGAAUCCAACCAGCAGGGUUUCCUUUUUUCUACAUUAAACCAGCCGAGCAUGAGAAAAUAAUUCGGAAAUUUUAUCCAGAGGAGAAUGGUCCUGUGGCUGAUAUUGAUCCAAUUGGCAAUUCUCCUGUAAUUAUAAAAAAGUCAUCACUGGAGGAAAUUGCUCCCACAUGGGUGAAUGUUUCCUUGAGAAUGAAAGAUGAUCCAGAGACUGAUAAGGCUUUUGGAUGGGUGCUUGAAAUGUAUGCAUAUGCUGUAGCGUCUGCAUUGCAUGAUGUGCGCCAUAUUCUUCGUAAAGACUUUAUGUUGCAGCCUCCAUGGGAUCUGAAUGUGGGAAAGAAGUUCAUCAUCCAUUAUACUUAUGGAUGUGACUAUAAUUCAAAGGGAGAACUAACAUAUGGAAAGGUUGGAGAAUGGCGUUUUGACAAGAGAUCAUAUCUUACUAGUCCUCCACCAAGAAACCUCUCCUUACCCCCUCCAGGAGUUCCUGAAAGUGUGGUGAGACUCGUAAAGAUGGUGAAUGAGGCUACAUCAAAUAUUCCCGGGUGGGAGACAUUAACUAGCGGCUGAGACCAAAAGUAAGAUAAUCAACCAUUGAUCCUUAUUUUGCUACUGAUAUCAGUGGCGGCCCCCCCGGCCGGCGGCCGGAAAGUGCCGUCAAUAAGAAAUGCAGAGACUGAAUGAAUGAACAGUAUAGGUAAAGAGGAAGGAAUGGUCUGAUGAACCAAGCAAAUGGGAUCAUUUUAGCACAAGUUUCUUACUUGUAAAAAUGAAGGGCACUAAUUCUUUUGUAUAUACGUUUGUUAGAUUUUGAACAAGAGGUUUCGUUUUGAGUGUCUACAUUGAAAUACCUUUUUUCAAAACCUUUAAGAUUUUUAUUUUUUUUUUAAACAAUUUUUAAG